CUAAUUUCUUUGUGCCCAUCCAAAACACAUCCAUUCAACACUCAUCUUUCGAAUUCAUCUUUCUCUUUCCAUCUCGAUACCCUAGCUGUUGCAUGCCUUGUUCGCUUGCAACAACGGACGUCCCUUCCAUCUACGUCGUCUUAUCGACCCGUCUAUCCUUGAUCAUGUUUCGCUGAACGACCACAAUCGCAUCUGUCCAAAUUUCUCCCUCUUGUCCUGCUCGACUCGACUCGACUCAUUGAUCUUUCCAGAUCACUCGUCUACCAGCGCCUCGCCGUCCCCAGACCGAUACGAACACGAUUAGAUCGUCGAACUUCGUUCAGAUCCAGCUUUUACGACCCAGUAUCUCUGCUAAGUCCUUUUUGCGACGACUUACCUCUUAAUCUCCACGAAACCUUUUACUCCUCUCGACCUCGAACCUCUCGAUCGCCCUGAAAUCCUUGAACCCAGAGCUCGAUCAGCAAGUUACCUUGGUGUUUACUUUUUGUGAGCUCCAAAAUAGCCUUUUGCGGGCUUGCAAGACAAGCCAGGCAUUAUCGCUGUGGAUUUGGUUGAAAAGCAAAAAUUUUCUCACGAGUCCAACACAUCAAGAUGGCAACGUUUUCGAAUCCCUCCGAGGCAUUCUAUGACGAUCUGUCAAGCACUUCUCCAAGAGCGUUUCGCAAUCCACAGCUGAAUCGACAGAUGGGACGGAACGAUGGUUAUGGAGGUAUCAAUCCGCCCAUGUUCGGGAACGAGGGUCCUGUGCCAUCGAUGCGCUUAGAGAACAUGAGAGACAAUUUCGGCGCACCCAUGCAAAACCCAGGUGCUGGAAACGUGCACUUCCCCUAUGAUGCAGGGGCAGCGCAGACAUGGAACUCGAGCGGUCCUUCGUUGCAAAACUUUGGCAACGGAAUGGGUACUCUUCCCCCAAACCAAAACUACGGACCGUCGCGCAGUGUCAAACCCAGCCGAGGUCGUGCAGCCAUAUCAAACUUGUGGUUUGACCAACCUGCUCAGCUUCAACAGUCCCAACAACAUUCUCUUGUUGGCCCGCGAGCUGGACCUCAAGGCCGUAACGACCCUAACGAAGACGACGACGAAUUGAUACCGACAGCCAUUGUAAUCAAGAAUAUUCCCUUUGCCGUCAAGAAAGAGCAGCUUGUUCAAUUAAUGGUCGAUAUGAACUUGCCACUUCCGUACGCGUUCAACUACCACUUCGAUAACGGCGUAUUCCGUGGUCUUGCUUUUGCCAACUUCACCUCGCCUCAAGAGACUGAACAGGUCAUCCAAGCCCUCAAUCACAUGGAUCUCAGUGGGCGCAAGCUGAGAGUUGAGUACAAGAAGAUGCUUCCUCUUGCUGAGCGAGAGCGGAUCGAGAGAGAGAAACGAGAGCGCCGUGGUCAAUUGGAAGAACAACAUCGACCAGUGCCACAGACACAGCUUCACAAUCAAAUCUCUAUGUCAUCGAUGCCCAGAAACACGCCGUCUCCAAUGUCCCAUCGCGGAGGCAAACCUGGUCAGUUUUCCUCGUCACAAGCAACAGGAGACGUCCUAACAAAUGUCACAGACAUUGACAUGAACGACCCUAAGACUCUGGAAUUCUAUACCGACAUGACACUUUUCAAAAGAGACGUCAGCCGCGAAGUUCUUAUCUUUCCACCUACCUUGGAACCCCAUCAUCGUCGCAUUGUCCACACUCUUGCUCACCAUAUGGGUCUCAUGCAUACCUCUCGUGGUAGCGGCGACCAGCGACAAGUCCACAUCCAUCGGGCUGCACCAGGCACCAACGUCAGUCCGCCCCUGCCAGGGCAUUUUGGUGGCCCUGAAGGACUUCGUCAGACGCUUGGACGCUCUUCUACCGCCGAUUUUGCCGAAGGCAGACAGUACGAAGGCCCAGUCUUCAACACUCUCCGCGGUCAGUCCUCCGUCGGGCUCUUGGAUGUGGAUUCGAACGCCUACAACAGGGUUGCCGACAACAACCUCCGAAAUGCGAAGUCAUUCGCAGAUUUGCGAUCCUGGAGCCCUUCCCCUGUUCCUUCAUCCGCAAGCUUCCCAGCCGCUCUGCAGACCAACGGGGCACGCCUUCAGGGUUUGAAUGAUACAGCAGGUUCCAACACACCUGUCUUGCCACCAAGUGCCUCUAACCCCGGCCCCAACCGAGACGAGCCUUUCCUAAUCUCCGCGUUUAACAAUAUGUCGGUUAGCAAUGGUGGAAACCAAACAAGCCCUCGACGUCAACGAAGCUUCUUUGGCAAUGGACCGGAAUGGAAUGACAACCAGACCUAUCAAGCAACCGCCCCUAUCGGGAGCAAGCGAACAGUCAGUAUUGGUCCGGAGGCCACAUCCCAGACAGCCAAUCCAAUGCGCCAAUCAAGAGGACCAGGUGCCAAUAACACCGUUGGAUUUCGGCGCCAAAAUGGACGUGGCAGUGACGAAUUGAGAGCGGCCGCAUCAGCGAUCGCCGAAUGAACGAGACAUACCCCCAUAUACCCCCUAUGAUGAUGCUCUUUACCGAGCGAAUGAACGAGUCAAUGAUCCACGAAUGACACGACCAUCCUCCGACCUGGAAACAAAAAAGUUAGACGCAUAGGGCAGCCGCACGACUGCAUGAUUGGACUACAGAAAAAGAUUGUUGUAACGACUCGACAAGGUUCAUGGUGCCGUACUACAGCAUUUUUAUUUCACGAAAAACGCCGAGAAGAAUGAUGGAUCUGAUUUGUACACUUUUUGACUUGCGCGUCUUCUGAGACGGCAGUGUGUAUGCAUGUUAUGGGCGUUGAUACUGGGGUUCUCUCCAAGCUAGAGAUGAUAUGCCUUGGUUGCUUACUACUCGCUGUGUAUUUGGUUUGAUACGAAGGAGCUAGUCUCCCCGAUCCUGCUUUGUGUCUGGGUAUUGAGGUUGAUGUAUGAGAAACACUCGUUUUAAUUACCUUGGCAGUGACCCUUCAGGAUCCUGCCCAUAAUAUUGAAUGGUUGCACUGAA